AUUCAAACAGGGCCGCUGAAGCUAAAAUAACCCAGCCGAGCAGAGUCGACUGUUCUCCGGCUACAGCCCGAGCCCGACACCGGGGCCAUGGCGGCGCAUCAGUGUUCACAAAUUGAAGCCGAGCUAUAUUUCCUGAUAGUCAGAUUUCUGCAGUCGGGACCGUGUCAGAAAUCGGCGCAGCUACUGCGGGAGGAGCUGGAGCUGUAUGAGAUCAUCCCGAAGCGCUGGAGCUGGGAAGCUAAACCUUAUAGACGAGAUUUCCAGGAUUGGGUGGAGCUGAACCAGCAUAUUCCUGCAGAUUACCUGCUGCGUGUGUGUGAGCAGCUGUGCCCGCUGGUGGAUGCACACGUUCCUCCCAGCGUACCAGGAGUGCGCAGUCUGCUGGGGAGCGGCCGACAGUCGCUGCUGCGUACCGCAAAGAGUUGUUCUCACACAGUAUGGACGGGUUCUGCGGUAGCAGCCCUUCACAGGGGGCGGCCUCCCGAACCGCCCCUCAACUUUCCCAAACCGGCAAACGCUGUGUCGAUUAUGGGUGGUCGACGGAUGACGGGAGUGGCCCGCUUUGGGCACGCUCUGCCAUCUUGCACCUACCAGCACAUGAAGAUGCACAGGAGGAUUCUGGGACAUCUGUCCUCGGUUUACUGUGUCGCGUUCGACCGAACAGGCCGACGCAUCUUUACGGGUUCGGACGACUGCCUGGUGAAGAUCUGGACGACAGAUGACGGGCGCCUGCUGGCAACGCUGCGAGGGCAUGCGGCCGAGAUUUCCGACAUGGCGGUGAAUUACGAGAACACGCUUCUCGCCUCGGCCGGCUGCGAUAAGAUGAUCCGGGUCUGGUGCCUCCGGACCUGCGCGCCCAUCACCGUCCUGCAGGGGCACACCACCUCCAUCACCUCCAUACAGUUCUCUCCAUCCGCGGCCGGUUCUAUGCGGUACCUUGCCUCGACGGGAGCCGACGGCAUGGUGUGCUUCUGGCAGUGGGACAGCCUCACCAUGAAGAUCUCUGACGGGCCAGUGAAGUUUGUGGAGCGUUCUCGCCCCGGGACUCAAAUCACCUGCUGUUCCUUCAGUACUGGUGGGAUGUUUCUGGCCACUGGAGGGACGGAUCAUGGCAUCAGGGUGUAUUACUUGGGCGCGGAGGCUCCUGUGAAGCUGUCGGACCUGGACUCGCACACGGACAAAGUGGUUGCGGUGCAGUUCUGCAACAACAGCGACAGUCUGAGGUUCGUGAGCGGCAGUCGGGAUGGUACGGCACGGAUCUGGACCUACCAGCAGCAGGAGUGGAGGAGCACGGUACUGGACAUGAGCACCAAACUGCCUGGGAGCUCUGCCGCAGUAGGGGAGGACAAGACCACCAAACUGGUAGUGACGAUGAUCGCGUGGGACCGCAGCGACCGAACGGUCGUCACCGCCGUGUCCAAUCUCCUGCUCAAGGUCUGGAACUCCUCGACCGGCCAGCUGCUCCACGUGCUCUCGGGUCACGACGAUGAGGUGUUCGUUUUGGAACCGCACCCCUUCGACUGGCGCAUUAUGCUGUCGGCUGGGCACGAUGGCAACAUUUACAUCUGGGACCUCAACAAAGGCACCAAAAUACGCAACUACUUCAACAUGAUCGAAGGUCAGGGUCAUGGAGCAGUGUUCGACUGCAAGUUCUCCGCGGAUGGGCAGCACUUUGCCUGCACCGACUCGCACGGGCAUCUUCUCAUCUUCGGCUUUGGCUGCAGCCAGCCGUAUCAGAAGAUUCCAGAUCAGAUGUUCUUCCAUACGGAUUACCGGCCGUUGAUCCGCGACUCCAACAACUACGUUCUGGACGAGCAAACGCAGCAGGCGCCCCACCUCAUGCCGCCGCCGUUUCUCGUGGACGUCGAUGGCAACCCGCAUCCCCUGCACUUCCAGCGCCUCGUACCCGGCCGGGAGAACUGCAAAGACGAGCAGCUGGUGCCUCAGUUAGGCUACAUGGCUAACGGUGAUGGGGAGGUGGUGGAGCAGGUGAUUGGCCAGCAGACGGCAGAUGAGGGUCAGGAGGAUAGUCCGCUAGACAACCUGAUCCGACAACUGCAACACCAGCAAGACGAGAGUCUCAACCCAGGAGACCAAGCUGCAGAUGCCGAAGGAGCCGGCGGUCCUCUGUCGCCCCCUAACGUUGGCCUGCGCAGGAGCGGUCAGGUGGAGGGGGUCCGGCAGAUGCACGACAACGCGCCCCGCAGUCAGAUCGCCACAGAGAGAGACCUGAUGGCCUGGAGCCGGCGCGUGGUCGUCACCGAGAUCCCGUCAGGAGUGUUCAGGAUCAUGGAGGAGAGUCGAGUAGCUAAAGGAGAUCUGGAGUGUUCGCUGUACAACACGGAGAAGAAGAAAAAACCCGCCAGUUCCGCCCCGACCGAGCCGGUCGAGGAUUCGGUUCGGUCGCUGCGGAGACCUCAGAGGAAACGGCAGGAGAAGAGACAUGCGUAUCAGACGCGGUCCACGCGAACACGGAGGCGCACGGUCGAUGACGCCAACGGCGGUAGCGAAUCAGAAAGUGAUGGAGAGCAGGAGGAGGAAGAUCAGAACGAGAACAGCGACGCCUCAUCCGAAGCUGAAGCUCAGUGGGAGAACGCCAGCAGCUCGAGUGACUCUUCGAGCGAGUAUUCCGAUUGGACGGCGGACGCGGGCAUCAACCUUCAGCCUCCCAAACGACCCGUCAGAAGGCCGGCCCGUCUGGCCAGGAGCAGCAGCUCGGAGGACGAGGGCGAGGACCGCGGCAAGAAGAACAAGAAGAAGAAGGAGGAGGAAGAGGAGGUGGAGGAGGAGAAAAAGAAACCCAAACAAUCCAAGCAGAAGGCUGUUCCCGCUGGUGAUCUCGAGGAAUGGCUCCCCCCAUCAUGGAUUAAGGAGGUGGUACCCAGACGAUCUCCAUUCCUACCUCAGAUGGGGGAUGAGCUGAUAUAUUUCCGGCAGGGUCACCAGGCGUAUGUGCGGGCGGUGCGACGUGCCAAAGUCUACAGCAUCAACCCCCAAAAACAGCCGUGGAACAGACUGAAUCUCAGGGAUCAGGAGUGUGUGAAGGUGGUGGGUAUAAAGUACGAGAUGGGUCCACCCACACUCUGCUGUCUCAAACUGGCCUUCCUGGACCCGCUCUCAGGGAAAAUGACUGGCGACUCCUUCAGCUUGAAGUAUCAUGAUAUGCCUGAUGUCAUUGAUUUUUUGGUGCUACAACAAUUUUACAACGAGGCCAAAGAUCGCAACUGGCAACCCGAGCAGCGGUUCAGGAGCAUAAUUGACGAUGCUUGGUGGUUCGGAACAGUGGAGAGCCAGCAGCCAUACCAGCCAGAAUAUCCAGACAGCCUGUUCCAGUGCUACGCAGUCAAGUGGGAUAACGGCGAGGGGGAGAAAAUGAGCCCGUGGGACAUGGAGCCCAUACCCGAUGAAGCUCCGGUCCCUGAUGAGAUCGGCGACAGCGUACCAGUUACGGAGGAGGAGCUCGAGUCGCUCCUGUACCAACCGCAGGACGGAGAGUGGGGGGCUCAUACUCGUGACGAAGAGUGUGAGAGAGUCAUCACCGCUAUAGAUCAGCUGCUCAUGCUGGACAUAGCGAAGGCGUUUUCCUGUCCUGUGGAUCUGAGGGACUAUCCUCUCUACUGCACUGUGGUGGCAUAUCCUACUGAUCUCACUACCAUCAGAAUGAGACUGGUACACAGGUUCUACAGGAGGAUUUCGGCGCUCAUGUGGGAGGUUCGGUACAUCGAGCACAACGCGCGGACCUUCAACGAGCCGCACAGCCCCAUCGUCACUUCAGCUAAAGCCGUCACGGACGUCCUGCUGCACUUUAUCGGCGAUCAGAGCUGUACUGAUAUCCUGGAGCUGUACAAUAAGGUGAAGUCGGAGAUCAGCAGUGCUAAUGAAGAAGAGGAGGAUGUUGACAUUGAUUCAGACGCUCCAGGAACGUCGACCGGUCAGAAGAGGUCCAGUCAGGCGGCUCAGAGGCGAGGGGUGGUGUUUGAUGUGCGAGCGUGGUAUGAUCAGUGUGAAAAGCUGAUCAGGAAGAUGAUUGCCAGCCCCGACUCUGAACCCUUCCGCCAACCGGUGGACCUCUUCAGCUAUCCGGACUACAGGGACAUUAUCGACACUCCUAUGGACCUGGGAACGGUGAUGGAGACUCAGGUCGGAGGAAAUUAUGAGAAUCCCGUGGAAUUCGCCAAAGACGUCCGGCUCAUCUUCAGCAACUCCAGAGCCUACACUCCUAACAAGAAGUCCAGGAUCUUCAGUAUGACUCUGAGUUUGUCAGCAUUUUUCGAGCACCACAUCAUCCCCAUCAUUUCCGAUUACAAGCUGGCUGUUCAGAACCAAAGACGCAGUCAGCAAAGGCAGAGUUACACCAAGAGGCUACAGGAACCGCCGCCAGACAGUCCCAAAGGAAAGUCCAAGUCUUUGAAGAAAACGAAGACCCCACAGCAGAUCAGCAGCAGGAACCGCUCACAGCAGCCCUCUGAAGGCUCGGAUUCAGACCCUGAUAAAGAUGGUGCUGAUAGUGAGGAGGAUGAAAGCCGAGUGUCUUUAUCUUCACCGUCACCAUCCUCAUCCUCGGGGCUACCAGAAAGUAACAGAGUCACACGCAGCAGAACGUUAAGCAGAAGAGGAGAUGCCCAGUGCAACGGGCCGCUCGCGAACGGAGGUCGAAGGUCCCGCAGACGGCUGGAUCGGAAAGACAGCUCGGACUCCGAGAGCUCGGACUCUUCGUCGUCGUCGUCGUCCUCUUCCUCCUCCUCUUCGUCCUCCUCCCGGAGCGAAGCGAGCGACGCUGAAGUGGCCAGCUUCGCCGAGGGCGGCGACCACGACUACAGCAAGGCACCUCAGCGCUCGCACGUGCGCAGGGCCGAAGUGGCCGCCGCGAGCGCCGCUACCGUCGCCGGCGCUCAGCGAAAGCGGAAAGGAGAGGAAACGACGGAGUGUCUGAAACGAGCACGUAGGGAACCGGCGCACGUGGAACCGGCAGCUUCGAGUGAAGAGGGGGUCGAGGACGAGAACGAGGAGGAAGACGAAGACGAGGAGGGGGUCGUCCAGGAACAGGUGGGACUUAAAGAAGAAGAAGAAGAGGAAGGGGAGGAGGAGGAGGAUUCAGAAGAGGAAGGGGAGGAGGAUGAACUUGGGGAGGAAGAGACUUCACAGCUCAGAAAUCAAAGGUCAGAUCAGAGGACACCAAAGGUUGGGUGUGUAAACACGCGUAACCAAGGGCGACGGACCGUAGUGUAUAACGAUGACUCUGAGGACGAGGGGCCCUCUGCAGACCCCCUCAACCUGGGCACGUCGCGUUCCGGAAGGAUCCGGCGCAUGACGGAGAGGGCACGGGUCAGCCAUCUGAUGGGCUGGUCACACUGACCCUUCUCAUCAACCUCAGACUUCACUACAGCAAUACUGCAGGGAUUUUUGUUUUGUAGCUAAUAAUGUUGUACAGAUGAUUUCUUUUUGAUAAUUGAUUAAUUGAUUAAAUUUUGUUUACAACUCGUGGUGCUGCCGCCGUCUCGCUCUGGUGUCCGACGAACCAAACAGCCUUAUAGGUCCAGAGUGUUGAGGCGUCUCUAGUUCUCACUCUCCAGCCCCUGUUACGUUCACAGCUCGGGUCAUUCGUGUCCUGGCUUUGCGACUUUCACACAUGCAGGUUUCGCGCCGUCAUUUCCUGGGUUGCACCAUUUCGCCUGUGUAAGACGUCGCAUCUGAUUAUCAAAGCAGAUCAUCCGUAUCGUCUGGGAGGGAAAAAGCACUGAUUUUAACGCACUUAGCUUGCAAAUAAUUUGCAUCAGACACCGCAGUUCAUAAAAAUUAAAGGUAGUCAAAUAAAAGAACUUAAUCCCUAAAGAAACAUCUGCAAAUGGGUACAGAUUUCGGACGCAUCAGUUGCAAUAAAUUCAAUUAAAUUACAAUAAAUCUGUUACAGAUUUAAACAGAAGUAGUUCUGCACUAGUAAAUUAGUCAGCAUUUCCACUCUGGGGGGCCAGUACAUUUCCAGGUGAAAGUGCAUGUGUGAAAGUGGUUUCUUUCCUCCUUUCUUUCUUUCUUUCUCUUUCUGGGUUAGGCGUCACUUAACAACAUGGUGCUUUCAGAUCAGUUUUGAUGGUGCUGCACUCUUAUUUUAUACAAAAUCAGUCUCCGUACGGACGGGCUGGUGCAAACUGCGUAACACUGUACGGUAAUAUAAAUCCAUAGCAAUUAUAAUAACCAGUUCACUUUAAAAUCAGGCUGCAUUACAGGUAAACGGUCACAUUUUAAUUUAGCAGAAAAGGGAGUGAAACUCCACAGCUUUAAUAGAUUUUUUCCUUAAAACCAUUUGUGAAAAAUAUACACGAUGAAAGCUGAACUUUUUAAGCGUUGGCAUCACAUAUCGGUUUGUCUAUGACUACAGACUUUGCAGAAGUGUUCUCUGUGAGUCUGUCUCGCUUGUAAAUCUGAAGUCUGUCCCAAACGCUUGUGUUCUUUUACUGUUGUUUUUACUUGUGGUACCUUAAGACGUAGCCUUUCACACGUUUAGCAUUACUAAGCUCUGCCACGCUUCAGCUGAGUUUAAUGUAUGUUUAGUGCUAUCUCUCUAGUCAACUUGCAGGUUUGUCAAUAUUGGCUAAACAGGCUACAAUAGCACAAUGACUUAUAAUUAUAAUAAUAAUAAUAAUAAUAAUGAUAAACACGUAUGUUUGGGACACAUCCACAGAUUUGUCAAGUCUUCCAAGAGGCAUUAACUACUCUUAUGUCACAAAUAAUCUUCACUUCCUGUUCGCCUGCAUCCCAAACCACAUACUACUGACUCACUAAAAUACACAAUACACUUACACCAAAAACUACCCCAAAUGUGGUCAUUGCUGUUGUUUUUGUCUAUGAUUUUGUUUAUAGUAUUCGGUUUGGGACUUAGCCAGGCGGUCUGUGCACACUGUUUUUACUAUGAAGUAUAUUUAUAUUUGUACUCUUCACAUUGCACAAGUAACGGCAGCUUAUUGGUUGUAAGGAGUUUAGGUGGGAUCUGCGUCCUGAAUACAGGCUCCUCACUGGUUAAGACUUUUAACAUAACACAGCCGGGUAACCUCUUUAUUUUCAUUUUUCCCCCGACCAUUUGUAAUAAGCAAGUGCUUAGAAUAUAAUAUAAUAUAAUAUAAUAUAAACGCUUUCCUUCUUACUUUUUCACUCUUCUGAAAACAGGAUUUGGUGCCAAACUGGAUGUUCUGCAGAUCUCUUGAACACUUGUUAAUGAUUCAACAGGGAGCAUUUUUGAUUGUUUUUGUUUUUUUCUUAUUUGUUGUCUUCCUGACCUUUUGAAUGGGACUUGUCCCAGUUGUGAUUUUAGUGUAAAAAAUCUUUUUAGAAUAAAGAAAAAUAGAUCUCUGCUUAUUUAGGGAACAAUUGUUCACCCUUCUGGUUUUCUUCUAAUACGCCAACAUCCAAUCAGAUACUUGUUGCUAGGCGGAUUAAAUGUGAUGAAGCAAUUUCAUUGGUUAAUACUAUCUCUGGUUAGUCAUGUUGGUAAUUUGCAGUUCAUCUGACUGGUUUACGGAACCGCAAAGAAAGGGCUUACAGAACUGGAAAUUCUGGUUAGGCAUAUUAAUCUACUUUUUAUAGAGAUUUUUGUCAACUUUGCUGUGUAUUAAUCAAUACACACAUACACACACACUAGUUCCAUCUAUAACAUGAAUUCCUACUUUUCCUACUUUUUAGGUAAAUUGAAUGCAGGAGUAAAAAUCUGUUAGUUGAUAAACAUCCAAUCAGAUGCUUGUUGCUGGGCAGAUUUCACUUAACAGCAACACCAUUGGUUGUUCACAGAUUUGCUUUUCUAAUUAAGGCCUAAUAAAGGCCAGUGAUAGCUCAGUGGUUAAGGUACUGGACUAGUAAACGGAAGGUUGCCGGUUCAAGCCCCGCCACCACCAAGUUGCCACUGUUGGGUCACUGAGCAAGGCCCUUAACCCUCAAUUGCUCAUUGUGUAAGUCGCUUUGGAUAAAAAGCGUCUGCUAAAUGCUGAAAAUGUAAAUGUAAAUGUAAUUAAAUUGAGGUUUAGCUUAUUUAUUUACACUGCUACAAAAAUGUAAGUUUAUAGUUCUUAUAUAUUACUGUAGCAUUAAACGACUACUGUUUACUGUUUAUGGUCUUCUAUGGAAUGACUUUCCAAUCGUAAUUUAAAAUGACAGGUAAACUUUAAAUAAAUACGUAAACUAAUUUACUGCUAGUUGUAUUAAUAUACAUGAUACAACUAUCAGCUUUUAAAAACUAAUUAUGCAUAAUAUAAUAGAAUCACAGAAUUAAAUUUAAAAUCUAAUCAGAAAUUUAAAAAAAACAUGAAUUCACUUGUAUUAACAUUCUGAUGGGAAUAUGCAAAUGCAAUAUAUCAAUAUUUAAAAAUAUUUAAAAAUUCUGACUGCUACCUGAUUUUGGUUAUAAAAAAGGUGAAUGAAUUUCCCAGCUAAGACAAUAAUACUGUAUGAUGUAAUGUUUAUAAUACAUAUAAACAAGUGUUUAGAAGGUGGUUGUAAGGAUGUGACCAGACCCUGUUUUCAUAUUUUUGGUCCCAUUACGUUUUUUUAAUCUGCUGAGGUGUAAAGUAGUUCAGGGCUGUUGAAGUGAUGAUGGUGGUGGUGCUAAAAAUAAAGACAUCAUGUAAUAAACUCAUGUCUAGUUUUUGUACACUGUUUCCUAUUUGUUGCUUUUUUUAAAUAAAGGUGUAUGCUAA